AUGGCGAAUGAAGGUGACAGUGGCGGGAAUAUUGUGGCAACAUUCGUCUUGGAUUGUGAGUUGGAUCUCAAGAAAAUAGCGCAGCAAGCUCGCAAUGCGGAAUUCAAUCCCAAGCGUUUUUCUGCUGCCAUUAUGAGAAUAAGAGAACCGAAAACUACAGCCUUGAUCUUUUCUUCGGGGAAGGUGGUCUGCACGGGCGCGAAAAGUGAAGCAGACUCAAAACUUGCUGCGAGAAAGUUUGCCCGAAUUAUCCAAAAGCUUGGGUUUGAAGUCAAGUUUAAGGAUUUCAAAAUUCAGAAUAUGGUUGGCUCCUGUGAUGUUAAGUUCCCCAUCAGACUUGAAAGUCUCGCAUGCUCACAUGCGACCUUUUCAAGUUAUGAACCGGAGCUCUUUCCAGGUCUAAUAUAUCGCAUGAAACAUCCUAAGAUUGUACUCCUCGUAUUUGUAUCUGGAAAAGUUGUGCUUACGGGAGCCAAGGAGAGAGAUGAGAUAUACAAGGCCUUCGACAAUAUAUAUCCUGUCCUUGCUGGGUUCAGGAAGAUUUUUAAAAAUGCAGUAUGA